GACCAACCUUACGAAAGUAUUACUUACAGAAGGUAUACUUAGCUAAGAACGUAUCGGGAAACAUGCUGAAACGUUAAGGUACAAGCUUAAGUUAUAACUUACGAACGACGUAGCGUUAAGAAGGCUUCGGGAAACGCAGCCCUGAUAAGAGCUUACGUGCUCUGAAGUUUCGUUUCGAAUGGAACUCUGGUAUUUGAUGUCUGACCACAACUUGUGACCACAGACGUCACCAAAUCAACCAAAAACGAAACCUACGGGUAUACACUUUAAAACUACGAAAAGCUUGGUUUCAUACGUUAUCUCCAUGUCCGUGAAAAGAAACUUAUUGUGCAUGAUGGCUUUGUUGAAGCUGAGCUCUGAGCAACAGGACAAUACGGUGUCCAAGAACUUCUCCACGGUGCCCAGCGUCAGUCUUCCAGCUUCCCCAGCAAGGACUUUAGUCCUGUAGUCCGAUGUGAAUAUAAGGCCGAAUGUUUCAGAAUCGAAACCGAGCUGAAACAUCAGCAACUCUCCGCGUUCCCUUAACUCAUUCUAGCAACAGCAGAGAAACGACAAUGUCAGGACAUGAAGACACCACGCAGACCCUGAGCACAAGGCGGCAGCUAUACGAGAGGGAUUUCCCUUUCUACAAACUGCCGGUGGAAGUUGGGUGUUUCUCCCUCGAUUCGGAGCGCACGUUUUACAAUGACGACAGGCAGCUGCGCUACUACGUGGAACCAGAGAAAAGUCCACAUUUCAAGUUGAGUGACGGUUACCCUGAGCGGUAUAUGAGGAGGAAUGAGGGGGUGAAGGAGGGAAUUGACCAUAUUCUGAGGUGGAUCUUGGCGAACAGAUCCAAGCUUGAGGUCUCCCAUGCCGCAGCGACCGGGUCAUCCCCAGCAUGUGAUUUGGGAGUUGAUUUCAUCACAUGGCGUGGUCACCUGACCAAGUUGCUCACCACACCUUACGAGACGAGGGAGGGCUGGAUGCUGGCGGUGACACGGCUACAGGGCACUCUGUACAUGAGCGAGGUGGAGACCGAGACUGCCCGCUGGGAUCGCGAGACCCGUUCAGAGAGGCACAAACAGAUGAUGUACUGGGGCCUCAAGUUUGAGCAGUACACCUGUGCAGCUGAGCCUGGGGACCGUCCGGAUGAGGGCGGUGUGGUCAACACCAACGAGGCAUUCUGCACGGUGGUGCGCACACGGCUAGCUGCUCACCGGCUUCUCUUUUCCGGGGAGGUGGACUGCCGGGACAGGGAUCCCCAAGCCCCGCCUGCCCCCGCUUGCUACCUGGAGCUCAAGACCUCUGCUGAAAUCCGCACCCCCAAGCAGCGCAGCAACUUUCACAGGUACAAGCUGUUGAAGUGGUGGGCACAGUCUUUCCUUCCUGGAGUCCCCCGAAUCAUCGCUGGUUUCCGUGACAAUGACGGAGUGGUGGUCUCUGUGGAGACCUACCAGACCUCAAAAAUAUCCCAGCUAAUAAAGAAUGAAUAUAACUGCUGGAAUCCAACCGUCUGCAUGAACUUCUGCUCUGACUUCCUGUCUUUUGCCAGGAGUGUGGUGAGGGAGGACAACCCCAGGAAGUUUCCUGUUCUUCUCUCUCAGGGUGGUGUACCUCUUCUCCUGGGAGCCACACAGAGAAGUCUCCUACUCCAUCCACAGGGAUACGCAGUACUGCUUCCUGCCUGAUUGGUAUGUGAGUGAAAUCACACACCCUCAGCAGGUAAAAUAGCUACAAAAACCCACAGGGGCACCGAAGACUGCAAUUCUUACAGCUGAGCUGACCCUUCGGUCGCAUGUGUAUCUAUCAACAGCGAAGUGGUAACCAUGGAAACUGCGGACACUCGUUCCUUCAAAUGUAAUCACAGGGGACGUGAUGAGCCCUAUCCUCGGAAAUUAAAAUAUUAAAAUGCAUGCUUUUAAAAUGUUUUUGUUCGUUCAAGAAAUAAAUUGUUGCUUACGUUCCAUCAA